AUGAACACGAUCAUGGGACAGGCUGGCCCCGAGGACACCACGCAACUGAGAGCGGCGCAGGAGAACUAUGUGCACCCGGACUAUACCUACUUCAACCCCGCUUAUGAACAGCCGCCCAGCGCAAAACCCGUCUGGAGCUUGGCGAAGCCCUUGCCUCGCGUUCUUAGACCCGGAAUGGUCCCAACCUGGUCAGAGACCGAGCAAAGGAUAACUGAACCUGAGCGACCGCCUAGGAACGUCCAGAAAGUUGGCCUUGAAGUCGACCCGGCAGACCUCGAAGAAGGUAGAAUUCAGUCAUCGCUAAACCCAGCGAAAGUCUCAGCCCAGCUGAAAGAUUCCAGGGAACAAAGAGAGAACAACUUCAUCCAAGCAGUCCAACAACGGCGAGGGACGUUUACGUCGAGGAUUUCGGGACGGCCUGCUAGGGCGUCUUCGCAAUCGUCUCGGGUUGGGCCGAGGGGGAGGGCGACGAGUGCGGCGUCGCGAAUGACACCGGUCAAUGGUGUGAACGAGCCUCAGCAAGACCAGGAGGCAAUUGACGUGGGAUCACAGCCGAGUCAAGACUUGACAGAUUACGACCAGGCAGAAACAACGUCAUCGACGGUGCCAGCUGACAGGAUACCGUCGCGAGGAGAUGAUGUUAAUCAACUCGAUCCCAUUCCAGAACAUCGCGAGCCUUCGCCGCCACGAAGAUCUACAGAUUCCGACACAGCAUCACAGCAAACGCUUCAUCUUGAGGAUGAGCCAGACCUCUACGCAGAUAUGAACGACCUGAAGCUUGUCGCCGAAAACCCACCUUUGUACGAGGAGAUUCACAACCACCACACCUAUUGGUCCAUCGUCCGUACCCAAAACCGCGAAUUCCUCGCCGAGCUUCUCGCCGUCUUCGUCCAGUUGACCAUUGGCUUCAGCGCUGAUACAUCCGCCACCCUCAAUGGUACCUCUGCCAACGUCAACACCACUGCCUGGGCUUGGGGCUUCGCGACCAUGGUAGGGAUCUACAUCUCCGGUGGCAUCUCCGGCGCCCAUCUGAACCCCGUCGUCACCGUCGUGCUGUGGUUCUACCGCGGGUUUCCCAAACGGAAGAUGAUUCCCUACUUCGCCGCGCAAUUCAUCGGCGCUCUGCUCGCUGCCUACACGGCCUAUGGUCUCUACCUCGCUUCCAUCAAGGACUACGAGAAGACGGGUGCCUACAUGGACAUCGCGAAUGGUUUCGUCACAGGCCACAGGCAUACUUUCAUCGACGCGGCCACGGCCUUCUUCAACGAGUUCGUCUCCACUGCCUUCUUAUGCUGCACCGUCCUCGCUCUCGGCGACGACCAGAACGCCCCUCCCGGAGCCGGCAUGAACGCCCUCAUCAUCGGCCUUUUAAUCACGGCUCUAAAUUUCGCUUUCGCCUACCAGGACGGAAUGGCAAUGAACCCAUCGCGGGACUUCGGGCCGCGUCUGGCUCUCCUGUCCCUUGGUUAUGGUACCGAUCUAUUCACGAAUCCCUUCUGGUUCUAUGGCCCUUGGGUAGGUGCUUUGUGUGGCGCAAUGGUGGGAGCGGCGCUGUAUGAUGUGUGUAUCUUCACGGGCGGAGAGAGUCCGAUCAAUUACCCCUGGACGCGAACGAAGAGGAGCUGGAAGAAGGGGAAGAGAAAGUGGGUUAGGAGGGCGAGGAGGGUCCUUCCCAGCAAGAAGAGAGGGGUGAAGGCUCUUGUGGAUGAUGAGGAAGUUACGCCGUGGCCAGGGAUGGAGAUGGGUGAUGUCUCGUAA